CCAGUCGUUCGCUCGUCGCCGUCGCGCUACUACACUGCACGCGUCUUCUCGCUAUGUACCAGCAAGCCAACAACACAUAACCCUUCCAAAAUGAAGCCUAAUCGGUUAUAACGUUUCUUUCAAAAACCCCAUUUAAUAUUUUAAUCGAAUAUAGUUUAUUGUGAUAUUUAGAUAGUUUUAGUAAGUAUAUAUCAUUAUUAAUAUACCAUUCAAUAUGGUUUUGAAUUAUUUUAUUUAGUUUUUUUUUUCAAAUUAUAUAUCAGUGCUCAAGAUAAUCUCAUUCCAAAAACCCAGUAACCUUAUUUAAAACCAAAAAUCUAUAAUAUACCAACUGCAAUGACCGCGAAAACUCGUUCACAUUGGAAGGAAUAUGGAACCGCACUAUGUGCAACACUCAUCACUGCGACAGCGGGUACCUGUUACGGUUGGCCCUCGCCGACGCUCCCGUAUCUCCUAUCUCCAGACAGCUCAAUACCCACCACCGCCGACCAAGGAUCAUGGAUCGUCUCCAUCAUGAUCCUGUGCUCAGCUAUCACGCCAGUCCCGUCUGCGUACCUCGCAGACAGGUUCGGGAGGAAGACCACCCUUCUUCUUGGAGCGAUUCCGUUCAUCAUUGGCUGGGUGCUCGUCAUCGUGGCCAAGUCGGUUGCGGUCUUGUACGUCGCCAGGAUGUUCUCCGGUCUUGGUUACGGCAUCGUGUACACUGUAGCACCCAUGUACACGGGAGAAAUCGCCACAAACGAAGUCCGCGGCGCUCUCUCCACUCUCAUCACUCUCAUGAAUAAAGUCGGAAUUCUUGCCCAGUACUGCAUAGGACCUUUCGUUACGAUGCAAACCCUUGCCGGUAUCAACUUGAUCCUACCUAUAACCUUCGUCAUCACCUUCCUCUUUCUACCGGAGUCGCCAUACUAUUACCUGAAAUUCGAACGCAGUGAAAGAGCAGAGCGUUCUUUAAGAAAUCUGCGUACUGGCGAUAUCAGAACUGAACUUAAAAACAUUGAAAUCAACGUUCAAGAAGACAUGAAAAACAGAGGCACUUGGAGCGAUCUGAUCACAGAAGCCACUAAUAGAAAAGCUAUGUGGAUAAGCUUAGGUAUAUUCACCAUACAACAGCUGUGUGGAAGUGCUGCUGUGGUCGCUUACGCCCAAGUAAUAUUCAAUUGCACAACUCAGGGGACACAAGUAGUCAACGCUACUACAGAAGCGGCUGCUACUAUAGAACCUUAUCAAGAAUCUAUAAUAUUGGGAUGUGUGCAAGUGGCCACUUGUGUACUCUCAGUUAUACUAGUAGACAGAGUAGGAAGAAAACCUCUUUUACUUCUCUCAGCCCUAGGGGUUGGUCUUAUGAACGGAACAAUCGGAACGUACUUCUUCUUUGACAUCACGUACAAAGGAUCGGUCGCAAGUCUCGGCUGGUUACCGCUGGUAUCACUGCUUAUUUACAUCGUGUGCUACGCCAUCGGUCUUUCUACUGUACCUUACGUCAUCAUUGGCGAGAUGUUCCCGACCAACGUGAAGUUAUAUGCUUCCUGUAUUGCACACAUCUACACUGGCAUCUCUAUGUUCGCUGUUCAGAAACUCUUCCAGGUGGUGAAAGAUGCCUAUGAAAUCUACACAGUAUUUUGGGGGUUCGCAGCCUUCUCUCUCAUGGGGCUGGUGUUCAUGCUGGUAGUACUGCCCGAGACCAAGGGCAAGUCCUUCGCGUGCAUCCAAGCCCAGCUAAAGCGGGAGGUCGCCAGAGACAAUGCCAGGAGGCUCGCCACCGUCGAGUACUGAACGCUCGACAAAUUCCAUCUCACUAUAUAAUCGCUAAGACUAAUCUUAUUCUUAUUUAAGGGAUCAAGUUGAGAACUUACGAUAUUGUUACUUAAACUUUAAUGUUAGUUAGACGUAAAGUUUUAUAUACAAAGUAUUGUUAGAUUAUACACGGCUGUCAGUGUAACAUCGUAUACAGUAGUAGUGGAGAUAGAAUUGUCGGGGCCAUGCGGGAUGCCGAUGAAAAUGCAGUGAAGUCUUGAGGAUCAUAAUUCUCUGGCAAACGGCGUGUUGCCACUACUCCUGAGUAUAGCUUCGCUGAAUACUUUGGCGUCCUAGUCUUGUUCGGACUAUUGAAAUCAACCAGAUAAAGACCGAAGCGGGACCUGCAAAAUGCAUUUACAUUCAUGAGUGAAAUUAUAACGAUUUGACUGAU